GCUGUUUAUAAUGACAGCUCUGACAAAUACAAAAUGGUUGAAAACUAAAGUUGGCAAACAAAGAAAGUCAGUGUAAUUUAUCGUUAUAUUCGCAUAAACUUUAUUUUUUAAGUGAAAGUUAGUUAGUUUAGUGUGUAUUAAGUGUCUGGUGCACGAUGUUGGAUUUGGAAAUCGUCCCUGAGCGUUCCCUGGGCUGUGAUGCCUGGGAGUUCGUACUAGGGAUGCAUUUCUCGCAAGCAGUGGCCAUAAUUCAGAGUCAAGUGGGCACAAUCAGAGGAGUACAAGUGCUAUAUAGUGAUCAGAACCCGUUAUCCGUGGACCUAGUUAUAAACAUGCCCCAAGACGGCGUCCGGUUAAUAUUCGACCCGGUCGCGCAGCGGCUCAAGAUAAUAGAGAUAUACAACAUGAAACUAGUUAAGCUUAGGUAUUGUGGCAUGUGCUUCAACUCGCCGGAGAUAACGCCAUCUAUCGAGCAAGUGGAGCACUGCUUCGGCGCGACACACCCCGGCUUAUACGACUCGCAGCGCCAUCUGUUCGCGCUCAACUUCCGCGGGUUGAGCUUCUACUUCCCUGUUGAUAGUAAAUUUGAGCCCGGCUACGCGCACGGGUUGGGUUCACUACAGUUCCCCAACGGGGCUUCCCCGGUCGUCUCUCGGACCACCAUUUACUACGGAUCUCAACACCAGGUAACGGAAAUUAAGGGUAACACAGGCUCAGGCACUUGUGCGGCACCGUUGCCCGAAUUGCCUUUAUCUUGCUACCGGCAACAGUUACAUCUGCGACGAUGUGAUGUACUCCGAGCACCGCACGCUACUAGGGGCGUGAGAUUGCAUCUGUUUACGGAAGGCACAAGCCGGGCCCUAGAGCCGGUGCAGGUGUCGUUGAGCCGCGUGAUCCGCUUCGGCGACAGUUGUCAGCGAGUGGCGCGAGCACUCGGCGCGCCCGCCAGACUCUACUACAAGGCGGACGAUAAAAUGCGCAUACAUAGACCCACUGCCCGUCGCCGUCCCCCGCCCGCUUCGGAUUAUUUCUACAACUACUAUACCUUGGGCUUGGACAUAUUAUUCGACGCUAGGACGCACCAGGUGAAGAAGUUUGUUCUGCACACCAACUACCCGGGCCACUACAACUUCAACAUGUACCACCGAUGCGAGUUCGAAUUGGCCGUACAGCCUGAUAAAUGCGACCCAAAUUCGCUGGUCGACAACCGCGGUGCCGUCAGCAUCACGGCGUACAGCAAGUGGGAGGUGGUUUCUAGGGCAUUACGAGUCUGUGAACGACCCGUGGUGCUCAAUAGGGCUUCUUCUACUAACACCACCAAUCCCUUCGGAUCUACCUUCUGCUACGGUUACCAGGAUAUGAUCUUUGAGGUGAUGUCGAACAACUUCAUAGCAUCGAUAACUCUGUACCAGCCGGAGGGCACGAGGCCGCACUACGCCGUCAACUCGAUCGCGUGACACGCCCAGGUAUCACCGAGCAAAGGCAAGUACGCAUCAUGAACAUUUCAGUUCUCAAAUCUCAACGCAAAACCUCCACUCGCGUGGCAGCCACAGCUAAAAUACCGCGACCACAGUUAACAUACUACAUAUCCCUUAAUAAGAGCACCUAAGAGGAAACAGUAUUUACAAAAAAAAUGUGAUAAAAAAACUGUGAAAAAAAAGUGAGUGACAGAUCUCAGACGGUGUGUAAGCUUAAUGUUAUUAUUACCUUAGCCUCAAUGAACAGAAAUAGUAAAAAAAAAAUUGACCACGUUAUUUUACGAUGUGUGAUGUGGUGACAAAGGACAGUUUUUUUUAAAUAUACCUGUAUAAUUAUUAUAUUAUUGAAAUAAUUUAGUCAAAUUAAAUUUCGUUUUUAUUGUAAUAGGAAAUGCGGGCG